GCUUCCCGCGCAGUGAUGAUGGCGGUGCGUGAACGCGCAGUAAAAGUAAUGGCUGCUCUUGAUCGGCGGGUGCCUAGCCUCGAUGAUUUCGUGGGUCAAAGCUGGACCGCCUGGGCCGAGUGGGCCGGUGUGGCGGCGGCGGAUGGGCCCGAUGGGGAAGACUGCAGCAAGAAUGGCAAAAAGGUUGCAGAGGCCAUGUCACUCAGUAAGGAGGACAUGUCCAUCUUCGGGCUCUACCCCGGCCACGACGACUUCUACCUGGUGGUGUGCAGCCACUGCGGCCAAGUGGUGAAGCCGCAGGCGUUUGAGAAGCACUGCGAGCGGCGGCACGGCCCCCUGUCCAAGCUGUACGCCCGCCUGCGCUCUCCCACCCCUGCGCCGCAGCCCCAGCAGAGACCCCACCACAGCCACUCUCCUUCCCAUGGGACCAACACCGCUGCCUCUGCCGCUUCAUCCUGGGAGAGUCGCGGCCAGGGGGUUGGGCAGCCGCGGGCCGCGCCGCCUUCGCCUUCCACGCCGCCACAGUACAGACACUCCAAGAGCUCCAAGGAUGGAGUACGACAUUCCCCGCUGGAGAAAUCCUCUCACAGCAGCCACACAGAGUCAUCAGUAUUCAAACAGCCGCCACCUCUGGAGCCUCCGAUCAGCUCUCCGCCUCCCUCACUCAGAGAUCCGCCCUCCCACGGAGGAACCCCGCCAGGUAGACCAACGCCCAGCGACAGACCGCCGUCACAACAGGGCCCGAGGAAGGACUCGCCUCUGUCGUCUGCUGGUCAGAGCCACCGCAUCCCCCGACCUUACAACAAAGUGGCCUCCAAGCGGGAGUGUGACUUGGACAAACACUGCGGCGUCCUCGACCCGGACAGGAAGAAGGUCUGCACUCGCCUCCUGACAUGCAAUAUCCACUCCAUCCACCAGCGCAGGAAGGUGAUGGGCCGCAGUAAAAACUUUGACCAGCUGGUGGCCGAACUCAAGACCAAGGUCCGCGAGAAAGGGGGCCAGUCCCUGGAUGGAGGCUCCUCCUCUGGACGAUCCCCCAGCCCAGAGGCCCCCCGGGAGCAGGCGGGGGCUCCACACUGCAGGAGACCUCUGGCCAGCCUCCCCGCGUUCAGUCGGUCCACGGCUGCGUCGGAGAGCACCCCAGAGGAGGAGAAUCAGCGGCAGGAUGAGGGGAGCCUCCGAUCCCCCUCGCCUCUCGUCCAAGGACGGAUCUCCAGCGACGAAAGCGACGCAGAAGGAGCCGAGGAGCACGUCGAGUUCUCGUCUUCUGCCACACAUCCGAGGCCGCUGGCGAUGUGUUCGUUUGGCAGCCAUGCGUUGGGUCACGGCAUCUUCACGUUUGACAGGAGACUUCAUCACCUGAGGUCGGCGCUCAGCAGCAUGCUGGAGCAGCACAUCAGCGCUCAUCUUUGGAAGAAAAUACCUCAAGCCACAGACCUUCAAUCGCCACCUCCCUCGGCCAAGACCGUCACCUCGUCGUCGUCCCCGUCCUCUGCAGCUUCCUCAUUACAUUCAAAGAUCCGAACAGGAAGUCACAUCAGCUCCUCUCUCAAAACUGCAUCCUCCUCCUCCAAUCGUGGACCAGGGAGAACCCCGACAGCCAUACCGUCAGAGAACUCGGGGGGCGGAAGCUGCAGUAUCACUAGCAGCCAUAUGGGGUCUCCCAGUAAGCCUAUGACGGGGCGUCAGGGGGGUUCUGGGAGACUCAAAAACCCUGUGGGACGCCCCAGCAAGCAGACGCUGAAGCUUCGAGAGGAGGCAGCCGCCGCCGCCGCGCUCCGCAAACGCAAAGCCCCGUCGCAGGAAGGGGAGCACUCAGGCCCCGAAAGGAACUGCAUACUCCUCCAGGACAGGGGCCGCCCUCCUUCCACCGCUUCUUCCUCCUCUUCGUCGUCAUCUUCCAAACCCUCCAUUUCCUCGCCCCUCCCACACGGACAGACCAAUGGAACUCUUUCCCCCAGCAGCAAACCCCGCCCCCAGCCCUCCCCCUCAGAAUCGCACUCGCCGGCCGCCAAGGCGGUCUGGACUUACAGACGAACAACACACACUCCUCUGGGACAUUCGGCGUCCCCGGACUCCUCCUCUGCCACCAACAACUCCCACAGCCGGAGCGGCGUGGGGGACUCAGGACUGCAUGGGCAGAGCGGUGGGAGGAGCUUUGAGCACCAGGGGCUGGUGAAAAAACGCAAGGGGGGCAGCAUGGAGGAGCACUCGCCCUCCUCCAAACCCUCGGCGCACCGCCUGCCCUCCUCGUCCUCCUCCUCCAGCUCUGCCACCUCCUCCACCCCGCGCUCCAACUUCUACCCGUGGAAGGAGAGUAAGAGUGGAGGUCUGGCCGGGGGCGUGGAGAAGAAACUGGGCACACAGAAGCCAAAACUGCACCAUUAAGUGUGCCUGCCUUACAAGCCACUACGAGGGAGCCAGCUCUGCUCAGUCCAAGACUGAGGCAACAGGACUCAAAAUGUGUGUCUGUCUAUGUGUGUGUGUGUGUUUUGUCUACCGAGAAAACGCUCCAGUAUGAGUGUGUCAGGCUGUGUGUAUGUGCAGAGUUUGUGUGAAUGUGUUGUCUGGAUGAAUGUCUGAGGGGAGGAUGGGGAUGAAAAUUCAGAGUAUGGAUUUAGAUAUACCUCAAGACCAUCCGGUUAUGCUGCUAAAUUAAAUAUGUUGGUUUAUAAAAAUUGAUUAAAAAUGUCCUUUACACUUGG